UCAGGGCGAUCUUAAACUGAGCAAUCUUAAUAUCAGGUUGCUUUGAAUAGGAAUGGUUCCUAGUUACCUUCUCUUAAAGUCAGUUUCUGAGAAGAGAGAGUGUAGUCCAGCCUUUCAGAAGUUGGAAUGUCCAGUGUUUUCAGCAUAUGAAUGUCAGAAAGGAGAAACACUGUGUGCAGUUCUGGACUCCUGAACGUAGAGCUUCCUCUGCUAUAAUCAUAUAAAUGGCUGGAGCAGAACAGACAAUGAUGUCAUAGACCGCCUACUUGAAACUUCUAGAACAAAGAAGAACUGGAGUGAGAACAGGAAAACCACCAGCAGCUGAGAGCUGGUGAUCGGUUUUCUGGAGCUAUUUGCUUCAGCAUCAGGGCCAUGGUUCCAACUGGCUGUAAAUAGAAGGAAGCAGCACCGGAUAAGUCUACUAUCCAUCUAGACAAUGAUGCAAGCAACAUAACAAGCCACAGCCCUAAUGCAAGGAAUAAAACAACUUCCGCAACUUGGGAUCCAAGAAGGUAGCUCUCAUGUUUCCAUUAUUUGUAGGCUUUUAAAAGAAAGUUGCAAGACGUAGGUGGGAGAUCUGUCUUGCCCAUACAGCAAGGGCUGCUGUCUCCAGGCCCCAGCUACCAAAUUAGUAAGUGUUAAGCAAAAGAAUGGAUGACUCUGAACUACCACUUGACCGGGAGAUCCCUGGGAAUGAUGAAAUGCUAGACGAGGAGCAGAAAUGUAAUGAUGACAUUAGUGAGGCAGAUCACAGUGGGACAAAUCAAUUUCAGGAGAGUGGGGAUACUGCACCAGUCAUGGAGCAAAGAGCCAUAAGCAGAACAGUUUCGGAAAAAGAUAAGAUCAACCAAUCUCUCCAGACAGACAGCAAAGUGAGCAUUUUCAGGCGAAAAACACUAAUGGACCGGAGUCAGCAGACAGAUAUUUGUGGUUCAAAAGACAGUAUAGCAUCUCUAAGGAAGGAAUCCGACUUUAGCAGUUCUCAGCUCCAAGGCCAAAGAUCCCAACAUAGCAGUCAACAAUCUGUCAGUCGUCAGGAUGGUCAUAGCCAAGCAUCUUCUCCGGUGCAGUCUGAGAUUAGUUUUCCUGAUGACACAGAGUCAACAAGAGUGCCAGAUUCUGGCUAUGAAAGUGAACAAGUGGAGGUAUCCCGACGUGGCAGUCUACUGUCACAAAGGUAUGGCGUCCCCCUUUUUGAUCUAGAACACGAAAAGGUACAGUCUCGAAAGAGCAGCCAGCAGUCCACUGGUAUCCCCAUUUUGCAAGAUCAAAAGAUGCCCCAAGGAAAAGCAGUAGAGAAUGCUGAUAUAAGUGAGGAAACAACUUGGUUCAAUAAAAGAACAGGCGUAUAUGUAAUAUCUAGACACCAACAAACAAGUAUAAUUUGGGGCCCAGAAACACUUGCAGAAAUUUUACUCCCUUUUAAAGAAUCAGUAAAAAGCAAAAACUUAGAAAAAGAUAUGUUCAAAGAGGAAGCAACAAUGGCUUCUUCUCUGGAUACAGAAAGGGCUCAGCCGAAAGUUGAAGAAUGUCAGAAGACAGAGGGGCAAGAGUCAAAGAGACCCAGUCAAGCGCCUACUGUAACGGCAUCUAUUUACAGUAUUCAACAAAUAGAGGGGCAAGAGUCAAAGAGGCCUAGUCAAGCACCUACUGUAACGGCAUCUCUUCGCAGUAUUCAACAAAUAGAGGGGCAAGAGUCAAAGAGACCCAGUCAAGCGCCUACUGUAACGGCAUCUCUUCGCAGUAUUCAACAAAUAGAGGGGCAAGAGUCAAAGAGACCCAGUCAAGCGCCUACUGUAACGGCAUCUCUUCGCAGUAUUCAACAAAUAGAGGGGCAAGAGUCAAAGAGACCCAGUCAAGCACCUACUGUAACGGCAUCUCUUCGCAGUAUUCAACAAAUAGAGGGGCAAGAGUCAAAGAGACCCAGUCAAGCACCUACUGUAACGGCAUCUCUUCGCAGUAUUCAACAAAUAGAGGGGCAAGAGUCAAAGAGACCCAGUCAAGCGCCUACUGUAACGGCAUCUCUUCGCAGUAUUCAACAAAUAGAGGGGCAAGAGUCAAAGAGACCCAGUCAAGCACCUACUGUACAGGGAUCUCUUCACAGUAUCCAACAAAUAGAGGGGCAAGAAUCAAAGAGACCCAGUCAAGCACCUACUGUAACGGCAUCUCUUCGCAGUAUUCAACAAAUAGAGGGGCAAGAGUCAAAGAGACCCAGUCAAGCACCUACUGUACAGGGAUCUCUUCACAGUAUCCAACAAAUAGAGGGGCAAGAAUCAAAGAGACCCAGUCAAGCGCCUACUGUAACAGCAUCUCUUCGCAGUAUUCAACAAAUAGAGGGGCAAGAGUCAAAGAGACCCAGUCAAGCGCCUACUGUAACGGCAUCUCUUCGCAGUAUUCAACAAAUAGAGGGGCAAGAGUCAAAGAGACCUAGUCAAGCGCCUACUGUACAAGGAUCUCUUCACAGUAUCCAACAGAGAGAGGGGCAAGAAUCAAAGAGACCCAGUCAAGUACCCACAGUACAAGGAUCAAUUCACACUAUUCUACAAAUAGAGGGGCAAGAGUCAAAGAGACCUAGUCAAGUGCCUACUGUACAGGGAUCUCUUCACAGUAUCCAACAGAGAGAGGGGCAAGAAUCAAAGAGACCCAGUCAAGUGCCCACAGUACAAGGAUCACUUCACAGUAUUCUACAAAUAGAGGGGCAAGAGUCAAAGAGACCUAGUCAAGUUCUUAAUGUGGAAGGUUCUAUUCACAGUAUUCAACUACUAGAGGGGCAAGAAUCAAAGAGACCUAGUCAAGUGCCUACUGUACCGGCAUCUCUUUACAGCAUCAAACAAAUAGAGGGUCAGGAAUCAAAGAGACCUACUCAAGCACCUACUGUACCUCCAUCUCUUUACAGUUUACAACAAAUAGAGGGGCAAGAAUCAAAGAUACCGAGUCAAGCACCUACUGUACCGGCAUCUCUUUACAGCAUCCAACAAAUAGAGGGGCAGGAAUCAAAGAUACCGAGCCAAGCGCCUACUUUACCGGCGUCUCUUUACAGCAUCCAACAAAUAGAGGGGCAGGAAUCAAAGAUACCGAGCCAAGCGCCUACUGUACCGGCAUCUCUUUACAGCAUCCAACAAAUAGAGGGGCAGGAAUCAAAGAUACCGAGUCAAGCACCUACUGUACCAGCAUCUCUUUACAGCAUCCAACAAAUAGAGGGGCAGGAAUCAAAGAUACCGAGUCAAGCACCUACUGUACCGGCAUCUCUUUACAGCAUCCAACAAAUAGAGGGGCAAGGAUCAAAGAUACCGAGUCAAGCGCCUACUGUACCAGCGUCUCUUUACAGCAUCCAACAAAUAGAGGGGCAAGAAUCAAAGAUACCGAGCCAAGCGCCUACUGUACCAGCAUCUCUUUACAGCAUCCAACAAAUAGAGGGGCAAGAAUCAAAGAUACCGAGUCAAGCGCCUACUGUUCCGGCGUCUCUUUACAGCAUCCAACAAAUAGAGGGGCAGGAAUCAAAGAUACCGAGCCAAGCACCUACUGUACCGGCAUCUCUUUACAGCAUCAAACAAAUAGAGGGGCAGGAAUCAAAGAUACCUACUCAAGCGCCUACUGUACCGCCAUCUCUUUACAGUUUACAACAAAUAGAGGGGCAAGAAUCAAAGAUACCGAGCCAAGCACCUACUGCACCGCCAUCUCUUUACAGCAUCAAACAAAUAGAGGGGCAGGAAACAAAGAUACUGAGCCAAGCACCUACUGUACCGGCAUCUCUUUACAGCAUCAAACAAAUAGAGGGGCAGGAAACAAAGAUACCGAGCCAAGCACCUACUGUACCGCCAUCUCUUUACAGUAUACAACAAAUAGAGGGGCAAGAAUCAAAGAUACCGAGACAAGCGCCUACGGUACCGCCAUCACUUUACAGUAUACAACAAACAGAGGGGCAAGAAUCAAAGAUACCGAGUCAAGCGCCUACUGUACCGCCAUCUCUUUACAGUAUUCAACAAAUAGAGGGGCAAGAAUCAAAGAUACCUAGACAAGCGCCUACUGUACCGCCAUCACUUUACAGUAUACAACAAAUAGAGGGGCAAGAAUCAAGGAUACCUAGUCAAGCGCCUACUGUACCGCCAUCUCUUUACAGUAUACAACAAAAAGAGGGGCAAGAAUCAAAGAUACCUAGUCAAGCGCCUACUGUACCGCCAUCUCUUUACAGUAUACAACAAAAAGAGGGGCAAGAAACAAAGAUACCGAGUCAAGCACCUACUGUACCGCCAUCUCUUUACAGUAUACAACAAAAAGAGGGGCAAGAAUCAAAGAUACCUAGUCAAGCGCCUACUGUACCACCAUCUCUUUACAGUAUACAACAAAAAGAGGGGCAAGAAACAAAGAUACCGAGUCAAGCACCUACUGUACCGCCAUCUCUUUACAGUAUACAACAAAUAGAGGGGCAAGAAUCAAAGAGACCUAGUCAAGUGCUUAAUGUAGAAGGAUCUAUUCACAGUAUCCAACUAAUAGAGGGGCUAGAAUCAAAGAGACCCAGUCAAGUGCCUACUGUACAGGGAUCUCUUUACAGUAUCCAACAAAUAGAGGGGCAAGAAUCAAAGAUGCCUAGUCAAGUGCCUACUGUACCGCCAUCUCUUUACAGUAUACAACAAAAAGAGGGGCAAGAAACAAAGAUACCGAGACAAGCGCCUACUGUACCGCCAUCUCUUUACAGUAUACAACAAACAGAGGGGCAAGAAUCAAAGAUACCGAGUCAAGCGCCUACUGUACCGCCAUCUCUUUACAGUAUACAACAAAUAGAGGGGCAAGAAACAAAGAUACCUAGUCAAGCACCUACUGUACCGCCAUCUCUUUACAGUAUACAACAAAUAGAGGGGCAAGAAUCAAAGAUACCUAGUCAAGCACCUACUGUACCGCCAUCUCUUUACAGUAUACAACAGAUAGAGGGGCAAGAAACAAAGAUACCGAGUCAAGCACCUACUGUACCGCCAUCUCUUUACAGUAUACAACAAAUAGAGGGGCAAGAAACAAAGAUACCGAGUCAAGCACCUACUGUACCGCCAUCUCUUUACAGUAUACAACAAAUAGAGGGGCAAGAAACAAAGAUACCUAGUCAAGCACCUACUGUACCGCCAUCUCUUUACAGUAUACAACAGAUAGAGGGGCAAGAAUCAAAGAUACCUAGUCAAGCACCUACUGUACCACCAUCUCUUUACAGUAUACAACAAAUAGAGGGGCAAGAAACAAAGAUACGAAGACAAGCGCCUACUGUACCGCCAUCUCUUUACAGUAUACAACAAAUAGAGGGGCAAGAAACAAAGAUACCAAGACAAGCGCCUACUGUACCGCCAUCUCUUUACAGUAUACAACAAAUAGAGGGGCAAGAAACAAAGAUACCGAGACAAGCGCCUACUGUACCGCCAUCUCUUUACAGUAUACAACAAACAGAGGGGCAAGAAUCAAAGAUACCGAGUCAAGCACCUACUGUACCACCAUCUCUUUACAGUAUACAACAAAUAGAGGGGCAAGAAACAAAGAUAGCUAGUCAAACACCUACUGUACCGCCAUCUCUUUACAGUAUGCAACAAAUAGAGGGGCAAGAAUCAAAGAGACCUAGUCAAGUGCUUAAUGUAGAAGGAUCUCUUCACAGUAUCCAACAAAUACAGGGGCAAGAAUCAAAGAGACCCAGUCAAGCGCCUACUGUACAGGGUUCUCUUUACAGUAUCCAACAAAUAGAGGGGCAAGAAUCAAAGAUACCGAGUCAAGCACCUACUGUACCGCCAUCUCUUUACAGUAUCCAACAAAUAGAAGGACAGGAAUCAAGGAUACCUAGUCAAGCACCUACUGUACCGGCAUCACUUUACAGUAUCCAACAAACAAAGGGGCAAGAAUCAAAGAUACCGAGUCAAGCACCUACUGUACCGCCAUCUCUUUACAGUAUACAACAAAUAGAAGGACAGGAAUCAAAGAUACCUAGUCAAGCACCUACUGUACCGGCAUCGCUUUACAGUAUCCAACAAAUACAGGAGCAAGAAUCAAAGAUACCUAGUCAAGCACCUACUGUAAAGGGAUCUCUUCAAAGUGUCCAACAAAUACAGGGGCAAGAAUCAAAGAGACCCAGUCAGGUGCCUACUGUACAGGGAUCUCUUUACAGUAUCCAACAAAUAGAGGGUCAAGAAUCAAAAAUACCUAGUCAUGUGCCUACUGUACAAGGAUCUCUCUACAGUAUCCAACAAAUUCAGGGGCAAGAAUCAAAGAGACCUAGUCAAGCGCCUACUGUACAAGGUUCCCUUCACAGUAUUCUACAAAUAGAGGGGCAAGAAUCAAAGAGACCUAGUCAAGCACCUACUGUACCAGGAUCUCUUUACAGUAUCCAGCAAACAGAGGGGCAAGAAUCAAAGAGACCAAGCCAUGUGCCUACUGUACAAGGAUCUCUUCACAGUAUUCAACAGAUACAGGGGCAAGAAUCAAAGAGACCCAGUCAAGCACCUACUAUAUCGGGAUCUCUUUACAGUAUCCAACAAAUGGAGGGGAAAGAAUCAAAGAGACCUAGUCAAGCUCCUACUGUAAAGGGAUCACUUUACAGUAUCCAACAAACAGACGGGCAAGAAUCAAAGAUACCUAGUCAAGCGCCUACUGUGCCAGCAUCUCUUUACAGUAUCCAACAAAUACAGGGGCAAGAAUCAAAGAGACCAAGUCAAGCACCUACUAUACAAGGAUCUCUUCAAAGUAUCCAACAGAUACAGGAGCAAGAAUCAAAAAUACCUAGGCAAGCACCAACUGUACCAGCAUCUCUUUACAGUAUCCAACAAAUAGAGGGGCAAGAAUCAAAGAGACCAAGUCAAGCACCUACUGUAACGGGAUCUCUUCUCAGUGUCCAACAAAUACAAGGGCAAGAAUCAAAGAGACCCAGUCAAGCGCCUACUGUAAAGGGUUCGCUUUACAGUAUCCAACAAAUAGAGGGGCAAGAAUCAAAAAUACCUAGUCAAGUACCUACUGUACCAGCAUCUCUUUACAGUAUACAGCAAAUAGAGGGGCAAGAAUCAAAGAUACCUAGCCAAGCACCUACUGUACCGGCAUCGCUUUACAGUAUGCAACAAAUAGAGGGGCAGGAAUCAAAGAGACCCAGUCAAGCACCUACUGUACCGGCAUCGCUUUACAGUAUCCAACAAAAAGAGGGCCAGGAAUCAAUGAUACCUAGUCAAGCGCCUACUGUACCGGCAUCUCUUCACAGUAUUCAACAAAUACAGGGGCAAGAAUCAAAGAGACCUAGCCAAGCACCUACUGUACAGGGAUCCCUUCACGGUAUUCAACAAAUAGAGGGGCUAGAAUCAAAGAGGCCUAGUCAGUUGUCUACUGUAAGUCAAGUGCUUAAUGUACAAGGAUCUCUUUACAGUAUCCAACAAAUAGAGGGACAAGAAUCAAAGAGACCUAGUCAGUUGUCUACUGUAUCGGGAUCUACUUAUAGUAUUCAGCAGACAAAGGGGCUAGAAUCAAAGAUACCUAGUCAAAUAUCUACUGUACAGGGAUCUGUUCAAAGUAUUCAAAGGACAGCAGGGCAACAAAGCAAGACCGAUCAGUCUAGACCAGAGGACCAAAAGAUAAGGCGACGUAGAAAAGUAUGCAAAAAUAAAGUUGACCAAUGUCAACAGACUGAUAGUGCAGAGAGUAUCAAAAAAAUACUAUCUGAAAAGUGUCUACAGACAGAUAGCUCUAAAAGUGAAAAACUUAACACCGCAGUUGAAUUGUCUGAUUCUGUCUGUGUAACACAUCAACCUCAACAAAAAAUUGAUAUGGACGUUCUUCCAGCUCAGUUGAAAGACACCUGUUCUGACAGCCAUCCACUUGUAGAACCUGCAAUCUGUAGCAAUAUCCUACCACAAGAAUUGCCGGAUUUCAGUCGUGAAAGCAAGCAGGCUGACAUUCAAGAACUUCACUCUCGCAGUCUUCCAGCACAAUUAGAGGGUUCUCGCCAUGAAACUAAGCAAGAAUACGAACCCCAAGAUUUCCGCCAGAGUAGCCUCCCUAUUGAACUGCAAGAUUCUCGACAUGGCAGCAAGCCAAUUGCCUUGCAAGAACUUCACUAUGGCAGGCUUCCAGAUAAGAUAGAAGAAUCUGAACAUGGUGGUGAGGAACUUGUGCUAGAAUAUGGUCAGAGCAGCCUCUCUUCUGCACUGGAAGAAUGUUAUCGUCUAUAUGAAGAAAGAAUGAGGCAGGACUACCAGUAUGACACUCAGAAAUCUCUCGAGGUGGUAUACAAGAUGGAUUUUGCUUGUCAGCCUAACCCCCCCUCUGCGUUUCCUAGUCAGACGAUGUUGCCAAAAGAAAAGUCUUCAUUCGCUCGGCAGGCAUAUAGCACCAUUACAUUAAAGGAACCUUCUUGGCCACAUAAAGACACUGGCAAACUAAUGACAAACCAAAGCCAACAGACUAGUGAUAGUUGGCUGCAGAAAAAUAGGGAGAAAAAACAGAUGUCUAUAAGUAAAGAAACAAUGUCAAGGAGUGAUGUAAUUGAGGUUCAAAAACCACCAGAAGUAAGAGAUCAACAACCUGCUGAGUAUGAAUCUCAAAGAGUCAGUCAACAAUAUGCUGUCCCAGACUUCCAGAGGAGCCAUGAACCGCCUCGUGUGUCUGAGUCCUGGAGGUCUAGUGAACCCCCUGGUAUUCCUGCAUCCCAGAAGGCCAGUGAAAUGUCAGCUGUGCCUGAGUCCCGAAAGGGCAGCAAAGUAUAUACCAUAACUGAGUCUCGGAAGUUCAGUGAAUUACCUGCUGCACCAGAGUCCCAGAGGUCUAGUAAAACAUACGUUGUAUCUCCAUCCCAAAGGAUCAGCAAAGCACCUGACUUACCUGAGUCCCGCAAGCCUAGUGAACAAACUUUUGUGCCUCAGUCUUGUCCAGUUAGUGUAGAACCUACUAUACUUGAGUUUCCAAGGACAAGUGAAGCACCCAUCAUGCUUGAAUCCCAAAGAUUCAGUGAAAUACCUUUCUUUUCUGAGACCUGGAGGGCUAGCGAACAACUUGCUGUGCCUGGGCCUCAAAGGGACAGUCAAGCAUUUGCUGAGUCUCGGAGAGCUAGUGCAGCACCUCCUGAGUCCCGGAGAGCUAGUGAACCACCUGCUGUAUUUGAGUCCCAAAGGGCCAGUGUAGUAGCUGAUUUAUUAGAGUCUCGAAGGGCUAGCGAACCAUCUGAUGUACUUGCGUCUCGAAGGGUCAGUGAAGUACCUGUUGUAUCUGAGUUUCAGGGGAUUGGUGAACAACUCUUUGCAUCUCAGCGAGGCAGUGUAACAUCAACUUUAUUAGAGUCCCGGAGGGCUAGUGAACCAUCUAGUAUACAUGACUCCCAAAGGGCCAGUGAAGCACAUGUUUUACCAGAAUCCCGGAGAGCUAGUGAACCAUCUGGCCUGCCUCAAUCCAGGAAGGUUAGUGAAUUAUCCGCUGUGUUUGAACAUCAGAGGAUGAGUGAACCACCCGCUAAGCCUGCGCCUCAGAGAGCCAGUGAAUCACCUGUUGUGCAGGACUCCCGACAAACUAGCAAAAUGUCUACAAUGCUUGAGUCCCGGAAAGGCAGUGAAGAAGUUACAAUGUCGAGGCCCCUGAAGGGCAGUGAGCCAUCCACUGUACCACAGUCCCGGAAGGGUAGUCAACAAUCUCUUGCAACACAGACCCUGAAGGCGAAGGAGCAGCCUCCAGUUUUAGAAUCCCCAAAGGGCAAUCAGGAGCAAAUUGUUGAAGAGCAUGGAAGCAAGCAAAUGUUAGAUCAGGAAUUUCAGAAGAGUAGCCAGCAGCCCCCAAAGCAAAAAAAUUCAUUUUCUGAGAAGGCCCAGCAAACAUAUAGCAUUAUUUCUGUGGAGAUAAAUACUUGGAUAAACAGAAGGACUGGGAAACUAAUGACAUGUAAUAGUCAACAAACUGAGAAGAGUUGGCUUCAGGAUUAUCUUUCAAGGAAAAUAAAACGUGCAUCGAAAGGAAGCGUGACUAGUUCUACUGCAGCUGAACCAGAAAAUAUGAAAUUAGAGAAACCAGCCAGCCCUGAGAGUGGUGGAAAAGAUGCUGUAGAACACCAGCAAGUUAGCAAGCAUGAGCCACAAGUGGAAAGGGAUAUGGCGACUGAGAACCAAGGGCUAACUUCUUUUGAAAAGGAUGAAACAGAAAGAGAUACUCAGCAGAUGGAAGUGCAGGAGUCCCAGAGGGGCACACAGCAAGCACAGGUCCCAGCUUCCCGAAGGGGCAGUCAGCAGAUGGAGGUCCAGGAGUCCCGGAAGGGCACUCAGCAAGCAGAAGUCCCAACUUCCCGGAGGGGCAGUAUGCAGAUGGAAGUGCAAGAGUCCCGGAGGGGCACUCAGCAAACAGAAGUCCCAGCUUCCCGGAGGGGCAGUGUGCAGAUGGAAGUGCAAGAGUCCCGGAGGGGCACUCAGCAAACAGAAGUCCCAGCUUCCCGGAGGGGCAGUGUGCAGAUGGAAGUGCAAGAGUCCCGGAGGGGCACUCAACAAGCAGAAGUCCCAGCUUCCCGGAGGGGCAGUGUGCAGAUGGAAGAGUCCCGGAGGGACACUCAGCAAGCAGAAGUCACAGCUUCUCGGAGGGGUAGUGAGCAGUUGGAGGCCCAAGAGUCCCGGAGGGGCACUCAGCAAACAGAAGUCCCAGCUUCCCGGAGGGGCAGUGUGCAGAUGGAAGCACAAGAGUCCCGGAGGGGCACUCAGCAAGCAGAAGUCCCAGCUUCCCGGAGGGGCAGUGUGCAGAUGGAAGAGUCCCGGAGGGACACUCAGCAAGCAGAAGUCACAGCUUCUCGGAGGGGUAGUGAGCAGUUGGAGGCCCAAGAGUCCCGGAGGGGCACUCAGCAAACAGAAGUCCCAGCUUCCCGGCGGGACAGUGUGCAGAUGGAAGUACAAGAGUCCCGGAGAUGCACUCAGCAAGCAGAAGUCCAAGCUUCCCGAAGGGGCAGUCAGCAGAUGGAGGUCCAAGAGUCCAGGAGGGGCACACAGCAAGCAGAAGUCCCAGCUUCCCGAAGGGGCAGUCAGCAGAUGGAGGUCCAAGAGUCCAGGAGGGGCACACAGCAAGCAGAAGUCCCAGCUUCCCGAAGGGGCAGUCAGCAGAUGGAGGUCCAAGAGUCCAGGAGGCACACAGCAAGCACAGGUCCCAGCUUCCCGAAGGGGCAGUCAGCAGAUGGAGGUCCAGGAGUCCCGGAAGGGCACUCAGCAAGCAGAAGUCCCAACUUCCCGGAGGGGCAGUAUGCAGAUGGAAGUGCAAGAGUCCCGGAGGGGCACUCAGCAAACAGAAGUCCCAGCUUCCCGGAGGGGCAGUGUGCAGAUGGAAGUACAAGAGUCCCGAAGGUGCACUCAGCAAGCAGAAGUCCCAGCUUCCCGGAGGGGCAGUGUGCAGAUGGAAGUGCAAGAAUCCCGGAGGGGCACUCAGCAAGCAGAGGUCCCAGCUUCUCGGAGGGGCAGUGUGCAGAUGGAAGUGCAAGAGUCCCGGAGGGACACUCAGCAAGGAGAGGUCCCAGCUUCCCUGAGGGGCAGUGUGCAGAUGGAAGUGCAAGAGUCCCGGAGGGGCACUCAGCAAGCAGAAGUCCCAGCUUCCCAGAGGGGCAGUGUGCAGUUGGAAGAGUCCCGGAGGGACACUCAGAAAGCAGAAGUGCCAGCUUCCCGGAGAGGCAGUGUGCAGAUGGAAGUGCAAGAGUCCCGGAGGGGCACUCAGCAAGCAGAAGUCCCAGCUUCCCGGAGGGGCAGUGUGCAGAUGGAAGUGCAAGAGUCCCGGAGGGGCACUCAGCAAGCAGAAGUCCCAGCUUCCCGGAGGGGCAGUGUGCAGAUGGAAGUGCAAGAGUCCCGGAGGGGCACUCAGCAAGCAGAAGUCCCAGCUUCCCGGAGGGGCAGUGUGCAGAUGGAAGAGUCCCGGAGGGGCACUCAGCAAGCAGAAGUCCCAGCUUCCCGGAGGGGCAGUGUGCAGAUUGGAAGAGUCCCGGAGGGACACUCAGCAAGCAGAAGUCCCAGCUUCCCGGAGGGGCAGUGUGCAGAUGGAAGUGCAAGAGUCCCGGAGGGGCACUCAGCAAGCAGAAGUCCCAGCUUCCCGGAGGGGCAGUGUGCAGAUGGAAGUGCAAGAGUCCCGGAGGGGCACUCAGCAAGCAGAAGUCCCAGCUUCCCGGAGGGGCAGUGUGCAGAUGGAAGUGCAAGAGUCCCGGAGGGACACUCAGCAAGCAGAGGUCCCAGCUUCCCGGAGGGGCAGUGUGCAGAUGGAAGUGCAAGAGUCCCGGAGGGACACUCAGCAAGCAGAGGUCCCAGCUUCCUGCAAGGGUAGUCAGCAGACAGAGGUAA